AUGCCUUUAUCACUCUCAGGAAAUAGUUCCUACACUUUUCUAAAGAGUUCUUCGUUAACCACACCUUUGAUAAGUAAUAAAAAUGAAUUAAAGAUUCUACCUGCAAUUCCCAUCACCUCCAACAACGCCACUAACACCAUCACCGUCGACUCCGCCAACACUUCACAUUCUAUUGAAACUUCUUUUAAAGAUAAUUAUAACUUAAAUAAUGAAUUGAUAAUGAAACGUGAAAAAACAAGUUUUAUUAGUCCCAUUUUCCUUGAAAGGAGAGCUUGUUCUUUAGACGUUGAUCGUAAUCGUCGAAAUAGUUCCAAGUUUAUUAAUAAAAAACCGGUAUGGUUUAAAACAAUCAUUCUUCGACUUCAACAAACAGAAACUUUAUUAAAAAAUUCUCAACAUCGUAAUCAUAAAACUACUUCAAUCUUUGAAGAAUGUGCACAAACUCCUAGGCAUAAAACUAAAGAAGCCGAAGUAUUACGUCAAGUUGGGAGAUUCACUAUCGUUCGUGAAAGUGAAGAUUUUAAUACUACAAUGUUUGAUCAAUGUCAUUGUUUACAAAAACCUUUGAAUAGAAAAUUGAGUAAUCAAUCUUUUAUAUCUUCACAACCACGUUCUUUACCAUCAUUGAACAACAAGUCCAUUAAUAGUAAUUUUAUCCACAAUUCAAGCAAUAUUAACCUUAUAAAUAAAUCACCUUCCACCACCACAAACAAUAACAAUAACAACUCAUCUAGAGCGGCAGCUUCGGCAGCUUAUACACCAACUUCAUGUAGAUCUGUCCUUCCUACAUCCGCAUCAUCACCAAAUUUAAUGAACAUUCACAAUCGAUCAAAAUGUAGAAAAUUUGAAGUUGAAUGGUGUUCAAAUUCUUCGCCGACAAGUAGUAGUUCAGGUUCAAGUAGUUCUUCUUCGGAAGCUGCUUCCUCACCUGCGUCCACUAUAAGUAGUUUGGCUUCAAGUCCCGGAACAAAUAAUAUUAAUAUUAAUACAUUAUCAUCACCUAUUACACUAAGUCGUCAUUGUAAACAAGGUCGAAAAUUUGAAGUAACUGUUAUUUCAUCGGGAAAAGUUUAA